UUUUGUAAGGGAUUAUUUAGUGGGUUGGGAAUUUAAAAAAAAUUCUAGGAUAGUUUCUCCCAGUGUGAAAGUUCGGGCGACGGGCACGGCCUAGGCCUCAUUCCGGCCUGACUCGGGCGCACCGUGGAGCGCCGCAAGAGUUGAACGUCGAAACGUCGUUCAACUUGAACUUAACCGGAACCUCGAAACCUUCGAUAUUAUAUGACUGAUGACUGAUAGCGAGCCAAAAAGUAUUGGAGGCGAGCAUGUUGCCAUGCGCGCCAACAUCGACAUCCAGAAGCUCAAUACAUACCUGAAGUUCCAUGUGCUGGUUGUCGCCACUCUCGUACAGGUGCAACAGUUCAAGCGCGAAUACCGCAUAUUAAGCGCAUUGCAUCGAUACAACAUCAGUCCAACCACAAGGCCAGAGCAGAUAGUCACUGUCCCGCAACCUUUUGUCCUGUGCGAGGACGAUGACGUUAUUGGCACUCCCUUCUAUAUCAUGGAGUACCAGGGCGAAUAUUUAUGGACACCAGGCUACCAGUGGAACUGCCACAGCAGGAUCGAAGAGAAUGCUGGCUCUGAGUCUCAACUAUCCGCUCAUUAGCAGCAUUGGCCUCUCGACCCAUUCCAAUUAGGCCUC